AGGAGAUUAGAAAUGUACUGUAGGUUCUUCCACAUCUAGACUAAACUCUUCUUAUUAAAAGAAUAGUAAAUUCCUGUUGUUGUACAAAUAAAUCUAACGUUACAUGUUGAGGAGGAAUGAUUCAUGUCUGUAAAUACACUAGACAUUUAUUGACUUCACAAAGACUCCAGAGGGCAUUAUUGCAGUGUGGCAAACACAGAUCCUGCCUCAUGGACUGUGUAUGCAUCAUAAUUAAUUAGGACAGAAAAAAAAAAACCACGACAAAUUAAUGUAUGUCUGUUUGAACGCUGACCUCAUCUAGUCCAUUAUUAUCCAAACAUUACAAAACACUUUUCACUGACAGGUUACUUAUCACAGUAUUUAUCCUGCUUCCUCUGAGUUUUGAGCUGCAGUAUGGAAAGUAAAGUCACAAUGGGACAUGGUUGUUGGGCAACUAUGGGCGCGGCCAAGAGAUACAGAAAAAAAACAAAACAGAUAUGCCACAUACCAGAAAACAGGUCUUUUCACGCCUGAUUUCUGCUCAGAGCAUUCGUUUUUAUACUUAAGAGCUGAUACUUGUGGCGUAAACUGAUACUCUCUGAACAAACAUAAUGGCGACGGCACAGCCUUCCAAAGGUAAUGUCGUAUCUUUGAAAUUACAUUUCUCAGUGGUUUUCAAUCCAUGAUCAACUUUUCGGUGUCCUGUCUGUUCCUACAGAGUUGAACUUGGUGAUUGUCGGAUCGAAGUCCUCACAAAAAAGUCUCAUUUGUAACAUUAUCCUGGGAGGUCAUGCAUGCGAUGCAGGGGAUGAAACAUUUGACAACGAGAAAAGAGAAGGGGAAGUGUGCGAGCGAAGGGUGAUGUUGGUGAAAACCCCCGGUUGGCUGCGAGGUUACCACCUGUGCGACACACCGGAACUCAUCAAGACAGAGAUGAUCCUCAGCCCUGAUCUGUGUCCAUGGGGACCACAUGCUUUCAUCCUGGUGAUAAACGCAGAACAGCCUUUCACAGAUGUAAACAGGAGGGCCACUAAGGAGCACCUGCAGCAUUGUUUUGGUGAGAGGGUGUGGGACCACACUGUAGUGGUCUUCAGUUUCAGAGGUUCUCUCAGCCACAGGUCGGCUCAGAGUUACAUCGCUGAAGAAGGGCCUCCACUGCAGUCGCUCCUGGAGACCUGUGGUAACAGACAUCACUUUCUCUGUGAAGACAACCCUGACCGCAGCAGCACAGUUAAGGAGCUUCUUGAGGAUGUGGCAACACUGGUGUCUCAACGUGGGUCUUAUAAAGCAAACAGCAAACUUGUGAGAGAUGUGGAGAAGAGGAGGAGAGAAGUGCUCAUCAAAGCUGAGGAGCUACAUCAGGAGGCAGAUGGUGACAGGAAACAGCGGAGAAUGCUGGUCACAGGUAAGAGAACAGUUUUGUAUCCUCUGUUAGUGUCUGUGCAGUGUCCUGCUAUGCAUUCUGGUGCUCAGUGGAAAUAUUAUCUUUCUUGCCUGUGUAUCCUAAAAGAUGAGAAGUUUCAUUUUGGUGAGAGAACAAUGAACGUAAUCAAGAAAAUGGGCACGGUGGCUGGGAGAACAAUCACAAUCGCAGACACUCCUGGAUGGUGGAAAUAUUUCCCAGCAAUCUACACACCUGCUGCUGUGAAGUCUGGGAUCAAAAAGGCCGUGUCACUGUGCUCGCCAUCUCCCAAUGUCAUUCUGUUGGCUGUGCCACUAGACACGUCCUUCACAGUGGAGCAAAAAAGAGUCAUCAACGACAACAUGAGGCAGUUUGGCCCCAGAGUGUGGAGACAUACGAUGUUGCUGUUCACGUUUGGGGACAGUUUGGGGACGAAGACCAUUGAGCGGCACAUUGAAAGUGAAGGAAAGCCUCUCCAGUGGCUUGUUGAGAAGUGUGAAAAGAGGUAUCACGUCAUCAACAACAGGAGCAAAGAUGGUGAUCAGGUGACAGAGCUGCUGGAGAAGAUGGAGGAGAUGGUUGCUGGAAACAGUUGGUUUUACUACGGUGAGCCACAGCCUGAGACUGAGAUAAGUGAGAAAAUAACUGGGAAAGACAUUACCAGAGCCAAGGAAAUCUCACAGCAGCUUAACAUUGAGUGGAACCGCAGAAACUGGGAAUACUACAACGUCCGAAGAGAAGACAGGAGCAAGCGCUCACCAUUAAACUUCAGUGGCUCUGGGUGUACGUCUACGGGUUCAAAAGAAAAGGAAACAAAGGUGUCGCAGAGCCAGGAUGAUGACCGGUGUAAUGUGAGUCUAGACGUUGGAAGUGAAGCUAGCGCAGCCACUGGCUCUUUGAAAAUAAUGGAAGACCUGCUGGAGAGAGAGUGGAGCAGACGAGAGGCAUCCAUGGAGUUUUGCUACGACCUCUUAGCAGAUAAGAGAGAUGUGUCACAGCCAGACGCGAGUCAGCUGCAGAAGUCAAGAGAGAAGGUUCUGUGGUGGCUGAAAACCCAGCAGGUUUCUGGACGUAAGGCAGACACCAAGGUAAAACUGGGGAAAAGAAAACAUAGAACAACGGGAAAAAAAACAAAUCCUGUGAGAGCAACUAAAACAAAGGUGUGAACAUAUACCUUGUGUAACUUGUUUCAGAUAUGAACAGCUUAAAUUGCAUGUUCCAGGUUCACAAAACACAUUUGAGCUUAAUUGACUUUUUAAGUUUUUAAGACAAAGAUCAUUAAAAACUCUUUACUGAUUACUGUAAUAUGGUCCUAAAAAACAGGGAAAAAACUGUAGGGCUGUAUUUACAGCCAAUAUUUUAUUAAAAAUUGAUUUUUACAAAUAUGAAUUAUUAACCAAUUAUAAUCAAAUUAUGUUUACAUAUAGUAAAUGUGGGAAGUACCUCAAAUGAUUUAUGGGCUGUCGUAGCGUAGUUGUGCUCUUCAAAACUUUUGUUUAACAUUGACGUCUUUCAGUUCAGCUGAGACAACAGGCUGGACCACAGGAUGAUGAGGAAAACUUUUUGUGUCUGAUUUAAUAACCACACAGUUGAGAGUUGCUAAGGACAUCUAUCUGUCAGUCUGAGGAUUGUCUUUCUAUAGUGGCAGCCAUUGUUUGCAGUUCUGUCGUCCUUGUGGCGUAUUAAUGCACCUAUCCCUUUGUAGCCUGUGUUGUAGUUUGUAGUUUAUUUGCACUUGACUGAACUUUGAACAGUAAAAGAAAAAUGUAGAAGUUGAAUGAAACCUUGAUUCCUGGUCUUGGCAACUGGAACUUCCUUCUUAUAAGGUGAGAUGUAGAAUGUGAUCACUGGACAUCAACCUACAAGGCUAAUGGAAUAUGAAAAAUGAGUUUUCAGAUCAGAAAGCCAAUGAGCAACAAAGGUGUUUACUGUAGAUACACAUAUUUCCUGUAUAUAUACAUAGCUUUCUGCGUUAGUCUCUACUUGCACUGCAUUCGGAAGGAAACAUUUAUGUUUCAUAUCAUUCUGACUAGAUGAUAAUUUAGACGUGUGUGUUUAAACCAGGGGUUUUCAUAGUGUAACAUUAUGGCCUUCCCUCUGAGUAUAAAAGCUCCGCCCAUACGCUGACUGAAGAGCACACGCAAAAGCAGAAACGUAGACAAAUGGCCUUUCUAAAUAUAAUGUAAUAAUAUAUAUGUUUUCAUCUACAAUUUCACUUUGAAAAGCACUGGUUUACCACAUUUCUAAUUUAUUCAUCAACAAAUGUCCUCUUUAUAUAUAAAUAUAUGCUUGAUUGUUAUAAUAACGUUUAUUUAUUAAUAUACUUUGUGGUAAUUUUUCAACACCUAGUUUUAGGAAAUAAAGAUUGGUGGCUUUUUACCAAGAAAAUGUAAGCAAGGAAUUUGCAAGAAAUACAAAAUGGAAGUUACAAACUGUAUCCCUAUGUGCACUGUUUGUGGGGAAUAAAGACAACCUAACAAUAUUCAAAGUUUGGUGAUUUACUAAUGAUGCUGGAACAAUAUUCCUUUUGCAGCAUUUUUCAUCUGUUUCUCUAAAAUUGCCUCAUUUUCUUCUUCAAAGCCUAAAGAGCUGAUAUUUAAAUUCUGGGGGAAAACAGUAAAACAGGGAAUGUCAAAGUCUUAUAAAGUCUGUAUUGGCAGUAAUUGGCAGCUGCUGCUUCAUUUCUGUUAUUUUUUUAUAGCCUUUUAUUUUUAGCCUUUGUGAUUCACAUGAGCUCAGAGAGGGGAAAAAAUGAGCCAUAUCAUUUUGUUUUGAUGCAAAUACAGACAUUUUAAGGAUAAUAGUCGUAUGAAACGGCCGUAAGC